CAGGCCGAGGGAUGGGAAGCGGGAGGUGUGUGCUCCUCAUGCCUCCAAAUUAGCAGGAAGUGUUCAUAAUGAAGCUCUGCAAUCUAUGAGCGGGAAGUGGGGUGAUUUAUAUCCAGCGCUGGAGGCGUCUGAGCCAUGGUCCACGAGAGAUGGCUGCGUGCAGUCACAAGGCACACAGGAUGCGAAAUGGGUGUGGAUGGAGAGCUGGAGGGGGGGCGAUGAAGGGGCACAAGCCUGCGGCCAGGACCUGCCCCCCCGCGGGGUCCAGGGCCUGGCACGGCAGCGCACAAGGAGCUGCCCCAGCUGAGCCAAGCCCUGCGGGACGUGGAGGCUCAUCCCCGGUAAAUUCAGGGACAGACUCGGUGGGGAAUGAGCCCACAUUGUCUCCAAAAGGGGGGUGGCCACCCACAGCCGAGAGCAUCUCGCUGUUGCCCUGCCACCCAUCUCCCCCAGCAUACCCACGCAAUGGCCCCACAUCCCCAGCCCAGACCCCCUGACCAGCACCAUCAUUACAGAGCCCGGAGCAGACAAAAUCCUCCCCCUUCCCAACCAGGCUGCACACGGGUGGGGGGCACAGCAUGCUGUGCGCCAGCCCCAUCUGCUCGCAGGACACACGGACGCUCUCAGAGGAUGCCCAGACCGUGGACACCCUCGGAGGACACCAGACCCUUGGCCACGCAGCUUUGCUGCGGUUUCUUCUGCCACCUGGUGCCCACGGCUCUGGCUUCAGGCUCCGUCCCUUUGGCCAGGACGGGGCAAGCAGAGCCCGGGGAUGUGCCCAAGAGCCACGAGUCAGGGCAAGGGGGCAGGGGUCAGCUUUCCCUGUUCCUCUCAGACGAGCCAGGAUCAAACCGGGUCGCUCCCACAGGGGGUUUGCCCAGGGGAGGGUGACAGGAGAGGACCGAGGUGAAGCCACGUGGCCAGGGUGCCCUGCUGCCCCGGUGGGCACGCGCCUGGGGCACAGCUCCAAGGGGAGCCCCGUGCAGGCGGGUGACCUAGGGUCUUGCGACACGGCCCCGUGAUGGCAUGAAAUCGCUCCUCCUGGGCAUGCCAGGCUGCUGGGGACGGGAUUGGGGGGACGCGGGUCCCCUCCCACCCUUCAGCCCAUAAACCCGGCGGGCGGCAGCCCUGCACCGAGGCAGCUCCUCUCCCAGCAUCAACCGCAGCGCCUGGAACCAUGGGCCAGCUGCAGCUCUGGCUUGCUGUCCUGGCCGUGCUCUCGGGGAUCGUGGCCCAGGAAGACCUGUACCGAAAGGUGUUUGUCUUCCGGAAGGACCCCAGCAAUGCCUAUGUGGUGCUGAGGGCCAAGCUUGAGCAGCCGCUGCAGAACUUCACCGUGUGCCUGCGGUCCUACACCGAUCUGACCCGGCCCUACAGCCUCUUCUCCUACGCCACCAAGGCGCAGGACAACGAGAUCCUCCUCCUCAAGCCCAAGCCCGGCGAGUACCGGCUCUAUGUGGGGGGCAAGUUCGUCACCUUUCGUGUCCCCGAGGGUGGCAGGGACUGGGAGCACGUCUGUGCUAGCUGGGAGUCUGCCACUGGCAUCGCCGAGUUUUGGCUCAAUGGGAAGCCCUGGCCCCGCAAGGGGCUGCAGAGGGGCUACACGGUGGGGGUGGAGGCGGCCGUCCUGCUGGGGCAGGAGCAGGAUGCCUUCGGGGGCGGCUUCGACGUCUACAACUCAUUCUCGGGCGAGCUGGCUGACGUCUACCUGUGGGAUGUGGGGCUGUCCCCAGACAAGAUGCGAGCCGCCUACCAGUCCCUGCGCCUGCCGCCUGCCGUCCUGGCCUGGAAGAGCCUAAGCUAUGAAGUGAAGGGUGAUGUGGUGGUGAAACCCCGACUCCGGGAGGUGCUGGGGCCAUGAAAGUCGGCUGGAUCCGGGGCUGGGACAGUCUCAGCCCCCGCUCUCCCCUCCCCAUCCUCAUCACCCUUUUGCCUCUACAACCUGCCAAGAAGAAGGUGCCAUCUGCAUGCCCCAGCCAGGGAGCUCCAUUCGGGACAGGGCUCGGAUGGAGCUAGGGAGAGCUGAGGGCACCGCUCAGCCUGGCAGGGUCCCCCUGAGUGCCAGCACCUGCCACCAACCCAUCACUGACGCCUGGGGUACCCUUUCCCUUGCCCAUACCCCCCCCCCCCAAGCUGCCCCCGCGGCCAGCUCCCACGUGGGCAGGAUGCAGAUCCACCAGCUCCAGAGCUGCCCGACCACACACAAAACAGCAGAAGUGAUUAGGGACAGGCAGGCAGGGGCUCGGCACAAGCCCUUGGGGCCAUGGGACCUGUCCCCGAUGCCCAUCCCCAUGCACACCCGCUGUCCCCAGGGCUCCCUGCCAGCCCGCUGGGUCUGCAGGCUUCCAGGCAGGCAAACCAGCCCCGGGCCCUUCACCAGAUUGCCAAACAGCCCUGCAGGUCAGUGCCCCCAGACACGUGGGGACGAAGAUCACAGGCGAACGUCACCAUUGCGUAGCCACGCUCACCCCAGCACAGACCCUGAGCAGCCGUAUGGCCGUGGCAGGGUGGGUCUGUUGUUCCCCCUCACCACGGAGGUGCCAGCAGCCGGGCUCAGCAGUGCCAUGGGGCAGCUGUGGCUCUGCCUCCUCACCCUCACAGCACUUUUUGACCUUGCUGCCCCGAAAG